AUGGAUGUGUUAACAGACAGCAGUCUCACAUUGAUCGUGAAGACUUCAGAACCGGAGAAUGCAAAUGCAGUGGAGAACACAGGGGUAUGUGAGCCGAGUUGUGAUCUGAGUCUGUGCGGGCUCGUCGAUGCUGCUCUCCCUCCAUCCUCAUCUCCUCCUGCUGCAGAGACUUCACAGCAGGCCUGCCCAACACACCAGAGGACCACGCCUACACCACCAACACUCCCUCUUCCCCUCGACACUGACUCCUCUCUGGGCCUGACAGCGGCCCCCUCCCCUCCCACUGAUGACACCCCAACUGUAGUCCCGCACCUUCACCACGCCCCCACUCCCACACCACAUCCUGCUCAAGCUGUUGGCUCCUGGGACACAAAAGGGGACACCCAGAAGAGUUCCCUUCUGCUGCCUGUUGCCCUCCCUCUGCCAACUACAAUGAUGGAGCCUGGCACUGUGUCUGCGCUGACAGAGGAGUGUCUUCUUCAGCCUGCACGCACCUGCCUUGGCUGCUUCAUUGAGACACGGGAUGCUACUGACCCUAAUUCCAUCCAGAACCCACCCCAUGACCCCAGCACCAACCCUGACACAGAGACUGUGCUGAGUGCAAGGAUAGAAGAUGUGAGCCGAGAAGACUUCUCUGACAUCAACAAUAUCAGCAUCCAGUGCCUGAGCCAUGCGGGGGAGGCAGUGAGUCAUUAUGGAGAACAGCUCCUCUCUGACCAGCUACUUAGCUUUCCUCUACCGAAAGCCCCAAGUGAGGGCAAGAGAGUGGAUGGAAACAAAACAACAGAAGACUGUGAUGACCCCGAGGAUGAUGCAACAGCUAAGAACCUAUACGAGGGACUGUUAUUGGACAAGGUGAGCGGAGAGGAGGUUCUGCUGGCCAAUGCUGGCCAGGACUGGGGCUACUUUGAAUCCUUCAUCAGCGAGAGCAAAAUGGAACUGCUGGACCUUUGUUCUAAGAAUGAACUGUCUGUCAAUCUCUUCUCUGAGGAGGAUGUUGACAAUCUCUUUGACGAUGAAGACGAUGACUCGACCUUAAGCAGUGAUGUCUGUUCACUGAAAAUUCGUUACGAGUCUUUCCAGGACAACAUGAGGGAGAAAACAAAUGUGCUUCAGGAAGAGACACAGUUCAACUUCUUCCCCAGUGUCCUGGCCAACUGUGCCAAGAAAGAGGAAGGAGUGGGAGUCUUGAGGAGGAGUGCUGAGGAACUUCAGCCCAAAACUGAUGAGCUGAUACUGGAGACCGGACAGGAUGGAAAAACAGGGGACUGCAGUGGUAGGAGCCCCCUUGAUGGUUCCCAAGGGUCACCCAUGUCCACGCCCAAAGUCAACUACCUAAUGGACUUCAAUUCAACAGAGGAGUCAGGUGAAUUCAGCGAUGACAGCUCCUGCACUGGCUCCUCCUCAGACACCCUGCAGGAGGGCAAAUUUAAGAAGGGCCACUCAAAGAGAUUGCUCAGCCCCUCUAACCCUCUCAACUACGGUCUGCGCUCCAAGAGAAAGGUCAGAUACAGUGAUGAUUACCUAUAUGAUGUUGAUUCACUCGAAAGUGAGAAAAAUGCUGAGAAAAAAGAGAAAGCUCCCUCUGGUCAAAAAGAGGAAGAGGAUGUAGACUGGUGUCCUAAAAAGCGUCGGAAAUCAUGUCGGAAAGAGCCACCAGUGGUCAUCAAGUACAUCAUCAUCAACAGGUUUAAAGGAGAGAGACUCAUGUCAGUGAAACUGGGCAAGUUAGAUCCUGUGGAUGCGACUGUGAGCCUGAACACCGACACAGUAAGCAAAUAUGAGGCACUGGCUCCUCUGAAGGAUUUCUGGCAGGAGAGGCAAAGAGAGAGACAGGAACAGCUUAAGCUGGCUGCCAGAGAUAAACAACAACGCGGCGUUCAUCUAAACGGACGCCACCAUCGCCCUUUUAACUCUAGUCAUCCAAAAAGGAAAUACAAGAUUGCAAACAGGCUUAAGGUUCAGAGGAUUCACACUGUCGAGCAAUCAGCAACAGCACAGGGCUCCCCUCUCUCUGAUCAGGGCCAGAGAGGUGUCAGCAAAGAAGAGGCCACCCCCAUGGUAGCAGGAAUAACAGCAGCCCCAGGCCUCCCAGUGACAUUAGACACAAACUCUAUCACGCACACAGUCACAGCCAAGAGCCGCUCCCAGGAGAGGGAGGAGAGGGAGGGGAGGAGAUUGGGUGGAAAUAAAACAGUAAGGAUAAGGAAAUUCAAAAGCGAAGCCAGGCUGCGGAGCAAGAAAAUGAAAGAGGCAGAAGGAGAGGAGAGGAGGAGCGUGACAAAUGAAACGGAUGUCUGUGUCGCUGCGAAUUCUUACUCUAAUCUCUGA